GAGUGAGGAUGGCGACGGGCGUUGAAUGUCAAAUUCGCGGCUGGCCGAGAAAGUAUGACGGGGAGGAAUUAAAAGCGACGGGUUGGCGGUUUGACGGCGCAACAGCGGGUGUCGACUGAAGAGAGGAAGAGGAGGGCGCCGAUGAGAAAGGUCAAAGGCGAAGUAAAGGGUUGGGAGCGAAGGAUCAAUCGAGUCGAAGGACCGAAAGAAAAAUCACAGGCUCCUUGUGUGGGUGGAGGUGAAGGGAAGAAAAAAAGGGAAGGGGCGUCGUCGGGAAGAGACUCUGUCAGAACUACUAUUGGGACUUCCUUCACACACAAAGUGAAAGAAGCGAGCCAAAGGUUCGAUGACGGGGGGAGAUGGUCCUCGGGGACGUGGAUUUCAACAGAUGAAACUGCGAAAUCAGUCAGGGCAAACGGCUCGAGUGACGAAGUACACUGGCCGUUGCUGAUGAUGGAGGAGAGAAGGAGGAAGAGGAGGGGGGAUGGUCUUCGUGAUGAAGAAAUGUUGGGUGGGAGGGAGGAGAGACGGGGCUCAACUUUUUGCGGGCGAAUUGAAUUGAUUAGUUCAGUUGAGUUGAGGGAGAAAAUUAUUCUGUUGCUCGCUAAAGCCGACGUCCGCCCAAUCCACGUACCGGGAUCAGGCAACUAUGUACCCUCUGUGCCUCUCACUCACUCUACUGCUUUGUACUCACUACUGACACACCAACCACAAGUAAUUAUUUACCUAGUCGUUAACUACCUCUGGGUUACGAGUAACUGAUAACCAAGAGAGUGAGAGCGUCUGUGUGUUGCGUGUCCGUGUGUUACAGAGUCGAGGGUAAUAGUAAGAGUCUGUGUGUAGGUACCAACCAGUACCUCAUACA